AUGUCUAAAAAACGAAAAAUACAAGAAAAUCUUCAAGUUUCAAAAAGAGAACCUAGUAUUCAAAAAACAAUCUUAUUAAAUAAAAAUGAAAUAGAAUUAAAAUUAAAAAAAAAAAGAAAACUCAAUAAUAUAAUUAAAAAAUCAGAAUAUAAAUCCGAAAAACACCGUUCUUUUGAUAAAGAUUCGAAAAACGUAGAUGAAAAUGAAUCUUUAUUAGAUCAAAAUUAUAAAAAAAAUUUCCAAAUAAAUCAUACGUCUAAUAUAAACGGAUUAUUGUUAGAUAGUGAUAGUAAUAUGCUAAAUAAUACUGAUUCCUAUUCAUCGAAAAGAUUUGAAAGUGAUGAUUUCGAUAACAAAAAAAGUUUAUCUCAAGAUGCUAUAUUUUUAAAAAAUAAAAUAAUACAAAAAAAAAGUUUUCAAAAUAUUCACGAGCUAUCUAAAGUAAUAUAUUUGGGAAGGAUUCCACAUGGAUUCUAUGAACUAGAAAUGAAGAACUAUUUUGAGCAAUUUGGCGCAGUAACUCGUAUUAAGCUAUCUCGUAAUAGAAAAACAGGGAAAUCAAAGCAUUAUGCAUUCAUAGAAUUUGAAUCUUCUGAUGUAGCUAGAAUUGUUGCAAAAACAAUGAAUAAUUAUUUACUUUUUGGACAUAUUUUAAAAUGUUCUGUUGUUUCUAAAGAGAAGCUUCAUAAAUCUAUAUUUAUUGGCGCAAAUAGACGAUUUAAACCAAUACCAUGGUCUAGGAUAACCAUAAAACGUCUUGAAGAAGCAAAAACUAAAGAGCAAUGGAUAAGAUUGCAGAAAAGAAAUAACAAGCGUCUUAAGAAGAAAAUGAAAUUAUUAAAAAAGUUGGGGAUUAAUUAUCAAUAUAAUAAAAAUAAAUAAUACUUACAUAAAAAAAUAUUAAAAUCU